AUGGCCACCUACGCUUUGAGCUACGCUGAGGUCUCAAGGCCGUUCAUGGUUUUUAUUUUGGUAGCCUUGGCACUUUCUACCGUCUGGAUUUACCGCCAGUUCUUCCAUCCCCUAGCUAAAGUACCAGGUCCCACGCUCGCUCGGUAUACCGGCCUUUGGCGCGACUGGCAGUACUUUAAGGGAAACUGGCAUGACGUCGUUCUUGAUCUCCAUGCCAAGUACGGUCGAGUUGUUCGAGUUGCGCCCGAUGAACUAUCUCUGGUUGACGAGAAAGCAAUGAAGAGAAUUUAUGGCCACGGUACUGGGAACAAUUCCCCAAAGACAGAGUGGUAUUCGACAUGGCAUAUUCCCAAAACCGGACCGGGACUCUUCGCUACCCAAAACCAGAAAGAACACGCUUUUCUUCGCAAGCGAGUGGCAGGCGCUUACUCAAUGACCACUAUUCUAAAAGGUGAAGAGAUCAUUCAAAGGUGUUUUGAUUUACUUUUUGAAAAGUUGAAGGAGCACUCCAAUGAGGUGGUGGAUAUGUCGGAAUGGACCAAUGCCGUUGCAUACGACGUCGUUGGGGAGUUAGCGUAUGGCGAGCAGCUUGGCCACCUGAAAACGGAAACGGAUGUCAUGGGUGUCCAAAAAGCUAUCUUUGAUGGCUUUAUAAUGAUGGGUACUCUCGGCCAUUUCAAAUAUUUAGGCAGAGGCCAGACCCUCAACAGACCCUCAGUUGGGAAAAUUACAAAACUGUUAGGUAUUCCUAACGCCUUUGCAAACUUUCGCCAGUGGAGCGUUGGUAGGAUCAACGAUCGGCGCAAGAAUCCGGUCGCGCGUCAUGAUAUGCUCAACCACUUUCUGCAAAUGAAGACGAAAGACGGAAGGCCAGCUUCUGACGGAGAGGUUCUUAUUGAAGCGAUGAACAUAGUGGGCGCCGGAGCCGAUACUACUUCUAUUGGAAUGCGCGCAUGUCUCUACUAUAUCUGCUCCAAUCCUUUGACCUAUCGGAAGCUGCAAGCAGAGCUUGAUGAAUACUUUCGUGACCGUGAAACGAAGGGAAUCUCGGCUUCACAAGGAAGCCCGUAUAAUGAAAUCCGCCAACUUCCAUAUCUGCAUGCAGUGAUAUCCGAAGCAACCCGGUUACACCCAAGCAUCGUGUGGCAACUACUUAGGAAAGCACCGCCAGAUUUGAUAAUCGACGGCUUCACCAUCCCGCCCGGAACCAAUGUCGGUAUAAGCCCCAGGGCACAGAACCGUGAUCCCGAUAUCUGGGGAGAGGAUGCCAACGAAUUCCGCCCAGAACGCUGGGUUGAAGACGAAGAAAAGGCGAAAUAUUUCGAGAAUAUCACGAUGACAUUCGGUGGGAAUGGUCCGAGAAUGUGCAUUGGUCGGAACAUUGCCUUGGUUGAAAUGCACAAAUAUAUCGCGCAGCUACUGUACAACUUCGAUGUUCAACUGGUCGACCCUUCUCGGCCAUGGCAUAUUACUACGUACUGGUUCGCUUAUCAGCAUGAAAUGAAGGUUCGUGUGAAAGUACGGGAGGGUCGCAUGAUAACGACUUGA